UCCAAACCCACAGCACAAGAUAAAAGCCGUUAAUAUAUGGGUUUCUGUACAGUGGAAAGUACCACAAGCAUAUGCCAAUCUCUUUGCAUAUGUAUUCUAAAGUAACAGCUCCCAUAAUUCUAAACCACUACAUACAGUGUUAGUGGGCAGGUGAUAACAGGCGAGUUUCUUGGAUUUAUUGUACUACAUUUUUCUCUUGUAACUGGAAUUUAUGAAAGCAUCUGGCACACACAAUUUCAUCCAUUAAUGUAACAGUGCUAUUUGGAGCAGAUAUUUGAAUAACGUUUAGCCCAGGAGCAUCCUCUGGGUGAGCGUUUAACCAUCAUAGCUUGGAAAUUAUCAUCUAGAUUCAUUGGGGAAUUGAGAUAGUCUGGUGGGGGAAGGGCUUGUCACAUGUUCUGUUGUUAGCUACACCCCCUUUGCAGGACUGCUCACUGCUGGAUUCACAGGUAUAGGUACAACCAGGCUCUCCGCAACCAGACUGGUUUUAGGUGGUCUAGAUGCAAUCGAUUCACACAGGGAUAUUAUUCCCUUCAAUCAAAGACACCGUUUUUACUGCCCCUGCUCUCAGGAUCCCCACAAGAUGCUUCCCGAGCAUUAUCAAGCAGCAGCUGUAUCAGGAGCAGCCUUUGGAAGGAGCUGUUCGCAAUGUGAAGCUCGGCACUGAGCAUGUCCCUGGAGUGCAGCCUGCGAGCAGCUCAUUAUGCACCCAGGCAGCAGAUGGAAGAGAAGCACAGCAAACAUUCGCAUAUCUGCCCACAAAGCCAAGGAAACGCGGCUUCAUCGCAAGCCUCGCCCCUGCAGCACAUCUCAAGUACUGGAACCGGAAUGAUCUGCUUGGCACAAAGGACAGGGCUCUGAGCAAUAUGGGCAACCAGGACGCUAAGCUUAAAAAAUGUUCAGGUGAUGUGCAGGAAGGAGCCGAGACUGGGCCCAAAGAUGGAGAGAAUACAAAGAAAGGAGGAAAAAGGACCCUGGGAAAAAGAGGCGAAGGGAACAGUAAAAAGCGAAGCAAAUCCGAACCCAGACCGUCCGUGUUCUCCAAUUUAAGGAUUAGGAAAACGUUAUCCAAGGCCAGGGAUGGAACCUGUGGUUCCAAGGAAGACGUGCUAGGGAGCCAGGCCCUGCACACUGAGGAGCUGGACAGCGCCUGUUCGGUGCUGACGAAAACCCCAGACAUCAGCAUUUCGGCAGAUGAAGCCGGCCUUUCAGAUACAGACGCAGAUCAUUUUGAAAUUCCCCACGAUGUGCCGGCGGCUCCUGCUAACAGCGAUGCUCAGGAAGGACAAAGGAUCAGCUCGGGCUCUGACACGGAUAUCUACAGCUUCCACUCUGCCACCGAACAAGAUGAUUUGCUCUCUGACAUUCAGCAGGCCAUCAGAUUGCAGCAAGCGACUUGCGAUAGCGACACCAGUCAUCUGCUGUCAAAAGUUAUGGGCGGGCCCCUCGCUAACUCCCACACUCUGUUUUUGGAUGCUGCUGAACACCUUGUCGCACCUGAGAAAGAGGACACCCAGCUGGCAGGUGAGUGCCCACCGGCACCUAUAGCUGUGGAGGAGCAGGACCUUGCUGGAACCGGAGACGUAAGACCAGAUCUUACGGAAAUAUCUGAUUUCAUCCUAGAGCCUUCCUUGGACGAGCAAGCUGCUGCCCAGAUUCACAUUCAGGUUUCUACUCCGGUCACUAGUAAGGAGGGUGAGAGUGUAGCAUCCCCCCAGCCUGACACUGACAAUGAAACUAUCGGACCUGAAGAAUCAAGCGGAGACUUGGCAGUUCACAAUAUUUUCUACGAGAAUUGCCAAUCAAAGGAUACAGGCUACUUGCCAACCCAAAGUCAGAGGCUUAAUGGUUCUACAGACCUGAUUGAUUGUGCUAUAAAUGGCACCCCCACUACACCUCAACUUGCCACAAAUCACUCUGGUGUCAAGCCCUACCCACCCAUAAAUCCUUGUUACAUUAAAACAACCACCAGACAGCUCAGCUCCCCCAAUCAUUCUCCAUUUGCCUCCCCAUCUCAUAGCCCCCAGUUAUAUAGAAAACAAGGACAGACCUUCAAGCAUGAAAGUGCCAUGAGGAAAAAGAGGUCCUGUAGUUUGAUUGGUAAUAUCAGCAGAUCUGCUGACUGGACAGAGGAACUGAUCAAGGACCAGAAUAAACCUCUGAGGAAGGGGAGUUUCUCUGAUUUCCUAGUGUUUGGAGAAAAUGGGAAGGGGACAGAAAGUCUUCCAAGUGAAUCCAGAAAGUCUAGUGCCCAGGCGUCUGCUUCAAGUUUUCCAAAUGUAUUUACAGGACGUACUCUUUUGGAAAAGCUUUUCAAUCAAAAGAAAAAUGCACCUGAAGAAGCAGAGAAACUUUGUUCCCAGAUCAUUGCUGUUGGUCUGUUGCUGCCUUUCAGUGAUUGCUUUCGAGAUCAGUGUAGCAAAAGUGCACCACAAAUUCCAUCCACUUUCGAUCAAGACCAGCUUUAUACAUGGGCUGCAGUUAGUCAACCAACUCACUCACUAGAUUAUUUAGAGGGACGUUUUCCUAGAAGAAUACAAGCAGCAUGGCCACCAGUCACCAAAUCUACAGUAGGAGAGGAGGAAUAUCUGUCUCAUGACUCAGAAGUGGAAAAUAAAGUUAAAGAAGAGUCUGUGCCAAUGAAGGAAGAUUCACAGCUACCAUAUUCUUUACUUAAAGAAGACCAUAUUCAAAUAAUACAGCAGCUUGAGCAAACUAUAGAGGAUUUGAGGACUAAACUUGCUCAACGUGAAAAACAUAAUAAACAAUCAAAUAUUUUAGCCUGGGAUCAAAUAAAACCAUCAUCUGAACCAUCCAUUAAAGUGAAAGAUAAAUUGCAUAUAUCUUUAAAAAUGUGUGGAGAAGGAAAAUCUGUCCAGACUUCUCCAGUAGAAGAAUUUGUUCUACAGAAAGUGCCUCCUUUGUCCAUAUUAGCACAGUUAGAUAGUUCGGCUAGAAGCAAAAAUUUAAAGCAAUUACCAUCAAGUUUAGAACUUCCAUCACAUUUGACUUACUGCUCUGAACUAUCUGUGGUUUUAUCACCGAAACCAAAUUCACAGCAAAUUGAUUCAUCAGAAAUAGCACAGAAUGGAUCUGCUUCACAGACUGGACAUGCACCUGCAUCCUUAACUGUGUCAGAAUCCUCGGAUCACAAGCAAAUCCUCUCUAGAAUUCCAACCCCACCUCCAUUGCCUCUGCUUUUUCCCAUAAAUAAUCUUGAACAUGCUUCUCAAAUGCUGCCUGAUAAGAGUGACCUUGGUCCAUGUAAAACUUAUAUACUUCCACCUCCCCCCCCUCCUCCUCCUUCAUUUAUUUCUGGUAUGGGAGUUCCUUCCCCACCACCACUUCUAUCAAAUCUAUACUUUGGCAACCAACAUCCUAUGCCGCCUCCUCCCCCCCCUCCUCUUCCUAAUGGUGGAGCAUUCCCGUGUCUACCUCCUCCACUUCCUCCCCUACCUUCUUCAUUAUUUGGGUCAGGUAUUCCACCUCCUCCUCCUUUGCCAAAUGGAAUUAGCAUUUUAAAUGCACCUCCCCUACCACCUCCCCCUCCUCUUCCAUCUGACAUCGGAAUGAACCAUGCUGCUGCUUUUCUUGCUGUUCAUCUGCCUCCUCCCCCACCUCUUCCACCUGGCAUGGGGGUGUCACCAUCACUUCCAUCUAGUACUGGUAUGCCCCCACCACCUCCUCCACCCCCUCCUCUGCCCUUUCCAUUAGGAAUUGGUUCCAGGCCUAUUUCACCUUCUAUGGGUAACAGACCACCACCUCCUCCACCACUUCCAGCUGCCUUUUUUGGGUCUUCCCCUUCACCAUUACCUUGUUCCGGCCCUACUCCUCCGCCUCCUCCACCACCGCUGCCAUCAUUUCCUGGCACAGAGCCUACUCAACCUUGUUUUUUAGCAUCACAUAUGCAAGGAUCAAUUCUGCCUUCUUUUGCUUGUGCACCAGCACUUGGUUGUCUUACACCUCCAUUGCCAGCUGGAUUAUUUGCUUUUGGAAUGAAUCAAGAUAAAGGACAUCGAAAAGCGCCAAUUGAGCCAAGCAAACCUAUGAAGCCUCUCUACUGGACAAGAAUUGAAUUACAUGGGAAAAGAGACUCCAGGGUAUCACUUGUUUGGGAAGCUGUCAGCGAGCCAAAAGUGGACUUUCAUGAGUUGGAAAAUCUUUUCUCUAAAACUGCAGUAAAAGAGAGAAAAAAGCCAAUUUCUGACACCAUAGCGAAGACAAAAGCUAAACAAGUUGUCAAGCUGCUAAGCAAUAAAAGAUCACAAGCAGUGGGAAUAUUAAUGUCCAGUCUUCAUCUCGAUAUGAAAGAUAUUCAGUAUGCUGUGUUGAAGAUGGACUACUCUGUGGUUGAUCUAGAAACUCUUCAAGCUUUGUUUGAAAAUAGAGCUGUACCAGAAGAACAAGAAAAAAUAGAUAAGCAUGUCAAGGCUUCAAAAACUAAAGAUCAGUCUAAACCUCUCGACAAACCUGAACAGUUCCUUUAUGAAUUGACGACAAUUCCUAAUUUUACAGAAAGAGUGUUCUGCAUUCUGUCUCAUUCGACCAUUUCAGAAAGCAUUGUUUCUAUAUGUCGCAAGCUUGAAUUACUACAGAAAGUCUGUGAGAACUUAUGGGAGGGUCCAGUUCUACAAGUUUUGGGGCUGGUUCUUGCCUUUGGAAACUAUAUGAAUGGAGGAAACCGAACUCGUGGACAAGCUGAUGGCUUUGCAUUAGAUAUUCUACCAAAGCUGAAAGAUGUUAAAAGCAAUGAUAACAGCAGGAACCUUCUUUCUUACAUUGUGUCAUACUACUUACGCCACUUUGAUGAGAAUGCUGGUAAAGAAGAGUGUCUCUUCACUCUCCCAGAACCUCAAGAUCUAUUUCAAGCCUCCCAGAUGAAGUUUGAAGAUUUUCAGAAGGAUCUGCGAAAAACAAGAAAAGAUUUUCAAGCUUGCGAGACAGAAGCUGAUAAAGUGUAUAAGAAAUCAUUAGAAGAACAUCUACAGCCUUUCAAGAAUAACAUGGAAGAGUUUAUAAGUAAAGCCAAAAUUGAACUGGAGGACACUGAAAAAAUCCUGACAGAAGUUCAUUCAAGGUUUCUAGAAACAACAUCCUAUUUUUGCGUAAAGCCAAAAAUUGGCGAGAAAGAGGUCUCUCCAAAUUCUUUCUUCAGCAUCUGGCACGAAUUUACUACUGACUUUAAAGACUUUUGGAAGAAAGAAAAUAAACUUAUUCUACAAGAGAGGUUGAAAGAGGCUGAAGAAGUAUAUAAACAAAAAAAGGAAAAAACAUCAAUAAUUGUGAAACCAAAACAUGAAUCUGGAAUAAAAGCAAAACUAAGCUUAAGAAGCUGAAGAGGAUUUAAGACAACCAUUUACGUAAAAGAAUACAGAAGAAAAACUAUUACUAAUUUCUGGAAGUCACCUAAGCAUAAAAAUGUCUAUGUACAGAACAGAAAUCUUGUUUUUUAUUUGUAAAUAGGUAAAUUAUAAAGCUACAUAAGCAAUUACAGUUUCACACAUUAUGGGGUAUUUGCUCAUCAGUUCUAAACUUAUGAAUGUACAGAGUAUCAUUUUAGCAGAAAUAAUUCAUAGAAGCCUUUGUAAUUUAAUGUAACAUGAGUUUCAAAUGUAAUACUUUUAUUUUUCUUUGUAAGUGUAAUAUUCUAUGUUCAUAUGAAAUGUUUACCAUUCCCUUCAUAUGUUCCUUUGCUUUUUACCAUACUCCUCGCCUAAACUCUGUAUGUUGAAAUGAGUAAUCAUAAUAUUAAAACUAAUGUGCAAUACUUAAGUUUUUCUACUUCAGGUUUUUCUAGAUUGUUAAUGUAUAUAAUAAAAUUACUAAUAAACUGA